CUGAUAGGUGGCACUGAUUGGCAUUGAUAGAUGGCACUGACUGGCACUGAUGGGUGACAUUGAAAGGCAGCUCAGAUGGGCACUGAUAUGUGGCAUUGAUGUGCACUGGUAUGCACUAAUAUGUGACAUUGAUGUGGCACUGAUGGCACUGACACGUGGCACUGAUUGCUGGCACUGAUGGACACUGACAGGUGGCACUUCUGGGCCACACUGAUCAUCAGUGCCCUGAUGAUCACUGUCAGCGUGACAGCUUGAGAGGAGAGAAAUGCCGAUAACCGGCAUU